CUGAUCUGAGUAAAAAUGAUUUGCAGUCUUCCACCUUAGGGUGUACCGGCGCAGGGAGGGACACCAGCCAGAACAAAUCAAAGACUUUAUGUUUCAUGAAAUGGCAACUAGGACCACCGGGAUCUUGUCGGACCUGUCUGGAUGGAGAACACGCUGAAACGACGUCAUGGCCAUGGAGAGCAGUGUGUCGAAUACCUGCUACCACAGCCACAAUGUCUCCUUCUUCUACAACUGGGUGGGUAAGAAGAUCAGUACAACAUGGACAACGCGGGACUUUGUGGUGAUUGGACUGGGCCUGACCGUGUGUCUCAUCGUAGUUCUGGCCAACCUGAUGGUGAUGGUGGCGAUCUUUAUGAACCGCCGCUUCCACUUCCCCAUAUACUAUCUCCUGGGCAACAUGGCAGCAGCAGACUUGUUUGCCGGUAUUGCCUAUGUCAACCUGAUGUUGAACACGGGCCCCUGGACCAGCACACUCACUAAGGAGCAGUGGUACAUCCGCGGGGCUCUGAUCGACAUCAGCCUGACGGCCUCCGUGGCCAACCUGCUGGCUGUCGCCGUGGAGCGCCACCAGACCAUUCUCACCAUGCAGCUGCACAGCAAGAUGACCAAGCGUCGGGUGGUGUUGCUGAUAGUUUGCAUCUGGGCUGUGGGCAUCAUCAUGGGCCUGGUGUCCUCCAUUUGGAACUGUGAGUGUCGUCUGGAGGACUGUUCCACUGUCGCUCCCCUCUACAGCCGCCGCUUCCUCAUCUUCUGGGCGGUUCUAAACCUGUUCACUUUCUUCAUCAUGGUGGCCAUGUACACUCGCAUCUUUGUCUACGUAAGAUACCAGAGCCAGUACGUGGCCCAGCACACACUGGACAUGCAACACCGCCAGACUAUUAUCAACCUGAUGAAAACCAUCUCCAUGGUUCUGGGCGCCUUCGUAAUCUGCUGGACUCCUGGACUCGUGAUUCUCUUAUUGGACGGGCUUCUGGGUAAAGACAGCCGCGCCAAUGACUAUGAGAAGUACUGUCUGGUGAUAGCUGAGUGCAACUCUCUGGUCAACCCCAUCAUCUAUUCCCUGCGAGACAACGAGAUGCGGAGCACGUUCAAGCGAAUCCUGUGCUAUCUGUGCUGGAGAGCUGAUGAUCAGCAGAUAGGGUCUUCGCCUAUUGAUAUUGACUCACCAUCACCAGAGGAAAUCCUUAACUGUGUCCAGAAGUCAGAAGAUGAGGCCAUGUGUAUGCGUGAGGACACCAACAAUAAAGAAGAAAGUUGGACAAUGCUUGGGGUAUGAUGGCUGUAGGCCCGCAAUUAAAAAAGAAAAAAAAUAAUUUGUCAUCUAAUCAGGAAACUGUAAUUUUUUUUUUUUUUUGCUGAACAUCAGCAGACAUCUGCCAAACUACCUCACUUCCAUGUUUGCAUUUGUAAAUUGACUAUAAAAAUGUAUAUAAAGAUGCAUCAAAUUAAAAAGCUGAAAAGGA